AUGUCCAAGAGAGCUGCGGACUCCGAUGAGCAGCCGGCUGCCCUCAAGGCCGGCGAGCGCCCUAUCGCUGAUGCCAUCCCAGACGAGGCGGGGGAGUUCGAGGACGAGUUCGAGGAUGAAUUCGAGAGCGAGGACGAGAUUUUGGAGGCCGGUGUCGACGGUCGUCCUGACGCAGAGCGUGAGGAGGAAGAGAGAGAGGCAAUGGAUGUCGACAAGCAGACUUUCAUUCCUGGUCGGACAAAAUUGGCACCCGGCGAGACACUUUCUCCCGACCCGUCUACUUACGACAUGCUUCACACCCUCAGCACUCCCUGGCCGUGCCUUUCCUUCGAUAUUGUGCGCGAUUCGCUCGGCGACAACCGCAAGACUUUCCCCGCAACGGUGUACGCCGUCGCCGGUACCCAGACGGAGGGCACAAAAGCCAAGGACAACGAGCUGAUGGUGCUCAAGAUGAGCGGAUUGAGCAAGAUGGAGCGUGAAAAUGAGGACGAGGACGAUGAAUCGGACUCGGACGACGACGACAUGGGGGAGCCCAUCCUUGAACACAAGUCGAUCCCGCUGGGCUCAACAACGAACCGCAUUCGCAGCCACCAGACGCCUUCGCAGUCUGCGGAUUACUCUAAGCCCCCGCAAACACUCACGGCUACCAUGCUCGAGAACUCGCAAGUUCUUAUCCACGACGUUACCGCGCACCUUUCCAGCUUCGACGUUCCCGGCACUGUUCUCCCUCCCUCUGCUUCCAAACCUCUUUCUACCCUUCGCAUGCAUAAGUCGGAAGGUUACGCUCUGGAUUGGUCUCCCCUUCAACCACUCGGCAAGCUCUUGACCGGUGACAAUGACGGUCUCAUCUACGCAACCACUCGCACGGAAGGUGGCGGCUGGGUGACUGACAAUAGGCCAUUCACCGGCCACCACUCUUCCGUGGAGGAGCUCCAGUGGUCUCCCAACGAGAAGAAUGUGUUCGCUUCCGCGAGCAGCGACGGCAGUGUGAAGGUGUGGGAUGUGCGGUCCAAGUCUCGUAAGCCCGCCGUGGACGUCCAGAUCUCCAAGACCGACGUCAACGUCAUGAGCUGGGCCAAGCAGACCUUCCAUCUGCUGGCGACCGGUGCCGACGACGGACAGUGGGCCGUUUGGGACUUGCGACACUGGAAGCCGAACAACGCGGGCCAGAUCAGCGCGUCGCCCGUUGCUUCCUUCGAUUUCCAUAAGGAGCCCAUCACCAGUAUCGAGUGGCACCCAACCGACGACAGUGUUGUUGCUGUCGGUUCGGCCGACAAUACCGUCACCCUGUGGGAUCUGGCGGUCGAGCUGGACGAUGAGGAGAGCCGACAGGCGGGCAUGGCGGACAUCCCGCCGCAGCUGCUGUUCGUGCACUAUAUGGAGGAUGUCAAGGAAGUGCACUGGCAAGCCCAGAUGCCGGGCACGCUGAUGGCGACCGGUGGUAGUGGAUUCAGUGUCUUCAAGACCAUCAGUGUCUAA